GACUAAAAUGUACAAAACGAAAAAUAGUAACUUAACCCAGGCUUUAGAAAACUUUAUGAAACCUAAGGUUGUCAUUACACCACCUAAUACUGGUGAUGAUGCCAAUCGGGAAUGCACUGUUGACAAUAAAAAGAAUGAGAUGUCUAAUUGGAAACUAACUUCGAUGGGGCUUGCCCAAUGGGAUAAAAGGCCUUAUAGCCAAAAAGGAGAUGUCUAUAGUUUUGCAAUUAUCGUGUCUGAAAUAAUAACUAGAAAACCUCCCUUUUAUUAUAAUCUUCUAAGACUUCGUAACAAAGAAAAUGAGAAUGAAAAGGUCAACUUGAAUAGUAAAACAAUCCAAUCCCCACGGUUUCCUCUAUUUGAAGUAAAAAUUCGAAACGAGAGUUCUUACGAUCACGCGGAAACAAAUAAAUGCAAAGUUAGGAGAAAGAAUUUGUUAUAUGGCGACAAAUUUCACCUCAAUCAUACGACGAAUAGAGAUGCCACAUCUUGUUCAGCUAAUGAUGGGAUUAAUUCCAGUCAAGAUUAUCACAGUGAAACACUACAACUUAUCAAACUUAUUCAAAACGAAGACAAACCGAUAUGUAGACCACUGAUCACAUAUCUUGAUAAUCCUGAUGAAAAUGAAACCCAUAAUAUUAGCUCUAUAAAAUCAACCUCGGAUAAUAACUAUACGAUCACCAAAGACAUCAAUAAUAUAAACUAUACAAUCACAGAUAUAAGAAGUUCCAUCUAUUUGUCGCGCAAAAAAGGGCGAUCCGAUUUGUCGAGUUAUGUAAGCCAAAUAACGUGUCCAGAUAAAUAUGUGAUAAAACUCAUGGAUCUAAUGAAGAAUUCUUGGAACGAGGAUCCUAAAUCAAGGCCAUCCUUUUCGCAAAUCUCCAUUGAGUUUAAAGCUAUAUCUAAGCAUAUAGAUUUUAAUAACAUAAUAGAGUCACUGCUAGAAAGAAUGGAACAAUAUGCUAAUAAUUUGGAGAAAAUGGUAGCAGAAAAAACUCAAGCAUUUUUGGAGGAAAAGGAAAAGGGUGACGAAAUAUUAUGUCAAGUAUUACCAAGGGCUAUUGCCGAAAGACUAAAACGUGGUUUGAAAAUUCAACCGGAAGAAUUUGAAAGUGUAACCAUAUAUUUUAAUGAUAUCGUUAAUUUUACUCAACUUUCAGCUACCAGUACGGCUAUGGAGAUUGUAGACUUUUUAAAUGACUUAUAUAGUUGUUUCGACAAUAUAGUUGAAAAAUUUGAUGCCUACAAAGUUGAAACAAUUGGUGAUGCAUAUAUGGUAGCAUCAGGGUUACCAUUGCGGAACGGAAAUAAACAUGUACAGGAGAUCGCGAGAUUAUCAUUACUUAUUUUAAAAACUGUCAAAACGUUUAAAAUUAGGCACCGUCAGAAUGAUUUACUUAAAAUUAGAAUAGGAUUCCACUCAGGACCGUGCGCCGCUGGUAUAGUAGGUCUUAAAAUGCCUAGAUAUUGUUUAUUCGGUGACACAGUUAAUACAGCAUCGAGGAUGGAAUCGAACGGUGAAGCUUUAAAAAUACAUAUUAGUGAAAGUUCAAAAUGCUUACUUGAUAAUUUCCAAAAUUUUAUCAUGGAGGAAAGAGGAAUGGUUGAGAUCAAAGGCAAAGGACCAAUGAAAACGUAUUGGCUGCUAUCAGAAAUAGAAUCAUAAAUAUAAUUUGUGUAAAUAACAAGUUUGGAA